UCAUCGUUUUUACUCCCAGCUCUAUUGCUCCAACUAUAAAUUGACCUAAAUAAUUAUAAAUUUAAAGAAUCAUGAGUAUUACGGUGGAUCCACGUCGCAAAGAGAAAAUUAAUCGCUACAAGGCACCUAAAAAUGCCGGUCAGGGCGGAGCCAAUGAGGACAUGUUGCCCGACUACAUGAAUAUCUUGGGCAUGAUAUUUUCCAUGUGUGGUCUGAUGAUGAAGUUGAAAUGGUGUGCCUGGUUUGCCCUGUAUUGCUCGUGCAUAAGUUUUGCCAGCUCCCGUGCCAGCGAUGAUGCCAAACAGGUGUUGUCCUCCUUUAUGCUGAGCGUUAGUGCUGUCGUCAUGUCAUAUCUACAGAAUCCUGCCGCCAUGACGCCGCCCUGGGCAUCUUAACAUUUGCCAAUGAAUUGACAAACUAGACAAUUAAUUCCAAAAAGAUUUUCCUCUUUUAAAUAAACAAUAUGUUUUCUUUUUUUUGUUGUGUAAA